CUGACACUCGGUGGAAUCCCCUUUCCUUUCCCUCGUUCUUUUUGUUCGAGAGGAUUCUUGUUUUCAUCGCAACACCUCGAGCUUCGUGGUGGAGCCGUUUUCCCCAUAUCAGUGUGCAUUAAUGUAGGAGACAACGUGGAAGAGAUAUGGUGAGAUAACCUCCUUGAUAACAAAGACCACUAACGUGAAGGUCUUACCUUGCGGCUGCGUUUUAUUCUGACAUUGGCGGAUUUACCACGCGCUUUGUAAACUCGACUUCUGUUGCCUCUAUAAAGACUGACAAUGUUUGACUGUAUUGACGGUUGUGAUGUUAAAUCUCGAUAGACGAGCUCUUAUCUCAUCACCUGGCACCUUUGUUUUGGAUUUGCCACAGAUUUCGUAAAACGCCAGUGGGUAUACACAACUGACGGAUUUCGGGUUUUCGUCUAAAUCGGGAUCUGUACAUCCAAACUGGGAUCUAUGAGCGGAAAAGUGGCGAAGCCUAAAGAAGAAAAGGAUGCUUCAAAGGUCCAGGAUGACGCUGCCCCAGGUACCCAGGAGUACAUUAUGUUGCGGCAGGAUUCCAUCCAUUCUGCGGAUAUAAGGGGUAAAGGCUCCCCCUUUCGUGCAAAGUGUCACGAAAUCUUCUGCUGCCCACUGAAGCAAGCCAUCCUCAAAGAGCACUCAGAGCCCGAAGAGCCCCAGCUGAAGGGGAUCGUUACGAAGCUGUACAGUCGACAGGGCUUUCAUUUGCAGCUCCAAGCAGAUGGAACCAUCGAUGGCACUAAAGAGGAGGACAGUGGUUUCACCACGUUUAACCUCAUCCCAGUGGGCCUGCGAGUGGUGGCCAUCCAGGGAGUUCAGACCAAACUCUAUCUGGCCAUGAACAGCGAGGGCUACCUGUAUACAUCAGAACACUUCACACCAGAGUGCAAGUUUAAGGAAUCAGUGUUUGAGAAUUACUACGUGACGUACUCCUCCAUGAUCUAUAGACAGCAGCAGUCGGGCAGGGGCUGGUACCUGGGCCUAAACAAGGAAGGAGAGAUCAUGAAGGGCAACCAUGUGAAGAAGAAUAAGCCAGCCGCACACUUCCUUCCCAAGCCAUUGAAAGUGGCCAUGUACAGAGAACCCUCUCUGCAUGACCUGACUGAGUUCUCACGUUCUGGCAGCGGCACACCCACAAAGAGCCGGAGUGCCUCAGCUGUGCUGAAUGGAGGCAAAGCUGUGAGUCAGCACGAGUCUACGUAGCCCAGUUCUCCUGGCCCGACCCGCUACCUUACGCCUUCACCAAAACCUCUGAAUGCUUGUGACUUCACACAGACUUCUCUCUUCUCAGCGGUUCAGGACAACAUAACAUGAAACAUAACAUUACCAAGCUACACUUUCCAAACUAGAGCAACGUUUGAUUGGCCUUCAUCACAUUCAGCUCAUCUUUUUCAUUUGGAUUUUCAUUUUUAGACUUUUCUUUCACCACUAUCAUUGCAUUUGCAUACAAAACACAAAAGUUGUAGCCUUUAAUAUGAUGGGACAUUCAUUUUUAGUCACUCUCAGCCACUGGCACUAAAUCGAGGUUAGCUUUACCUUCACUUCUCAUCAGGGUUCAUUUACUAGCAUCAUAGGUUCUGAUCAAGUAAUACAUUUGUUAAGAGUUCAGGGCAGUAAGUGAGGGUUUAGCUGCUUUGGUGGGUGCGGUGGAAAAAAGGCACCCCUGUCCUCUAUGAUUCCUGAGUGUGAAGUGAUAGAGAAGCCCCCAUCUCCUGUGUGGGGUAGGCGCUAGCUCUCCUGCAUUCUAGUGCACUAGCUCAGAGGGUUCACUCUCUAGCAUUGGAAUAUAAAGCCUGCAUUCUGCUCACAUGAAGAGAAGAGUUGAGUUGAGUUGAGUCUCUCACAGCUGAGAGGCCAUGACUCCGCCUUGCUUGCUAAUUGUUUGAAUUAGCUGUAAGCCUUUCUUACUUUUUCUCCCUCUUGUUCUUCCCCCAUAUAAGUGUUAAUUUAAAAAAAACAAAAGUUUUUUUUUUUUUUUUUUUUUUUGAGGUUCAUACAGUGUCUGGGAGAUCCAGCACAUCAAAGACAGAACUGUGAGAGUUUUCCUUUUGAGCUGACAAACCAC